AUACAUAGUCCGGGACUUGGUAACGUGUUGCAUAAGGUAAGAGAAAAAUGAAGAAGGUGCUGAGAGUAUACGGCGGCGUUUUGAGGCUAGUCAGGCUCUUGCCGGCGGAUACGAGGCCGUACUACGCCAAGUUCGCCAGGGAGAAUUUCGUUAACUACCGUGAAGUCGACGUAAGCGAAACAUCGCUCGAUGAACUUUACCAACGAGCUUACACUCACUCACUCUGGGUACUCAAGAAGUAUUCGAUUGACGAAUCCGCAGCGAAGAAGAUGAAAGAGAUUUGCUUUGAAUGAUGACGCACACCAACUGUUCGACGUUAUUCCCCUUGCAAUUUUCAACAAUUACUUUCAAGGCUAUCGAAGAUUUGUUAAACGGGCACCAUCAAGUAUUCUACUUUUGAUCUCAGUGUCAAGAACAGAGGUUGCUCAUGUGUCUUUUUCUUUCCUUUUGCUCAUGUUGACUGCUCAAAUAAUUGGUCAUGUCUUGUUUGAGUAGUUUCUUGUUUGUUUGCAUAAUCCUGAAUAAUUCUGUUAUGAUUUUGCAUUCUUAGAGUAAAAGAGAUCCACAAUACUUAAACAAAAAUCUUCAUCUUUAGUAAUGAAAGAGCUGUGGCAGUGGAGUAAUAACGAAGAAGAGAGUAGGGAUUGUUUUGGGUAAAGUGAUAUAUACUGUAUGUAGCUAAGGAC